AUGCUUUUUUCUUUAUCUCCACCACUUACAGGAGGCUGUUGAGACGCUGAAUACUCGCCUGCUGUCACUGAGGGGGUGGCACCAGGAGUCUAGCAGGCUAAAGUAUGAGGGCAAAAUGGGGCAGAUUAUACCCAUGAUCAAUAAAUUCAUUAACAGAUCUGGUCUGACGGAUGAGGAAGUAGACAAGCUGUGUAUGAUCCAUAUAACGGGAACAAAGGGCAAAGGUUCCACGAGCGCUUUCACUGAGAGUAUCCUCCGUCAGCAUGGCUACCGGACUGGUCUGUUCACAUCACCACACCUGGUUGAAGUCAGAGAGAGGAUCAGAGUCAACGGGAAGCCACUCAGCAAGGAGAAAAUACUGCUAUUACUUUUGGAAAAAGGAAAAGGCAUGCCUGCCUACUUUGCUUUCAAUGUAGUUCUGUCUCUUCACAUAUUUCUCCAUGAAGGCGUGGAUGUUGCAAUUAUGGAAGUGGGCAUAGGGGGCUUGACCGACAGCACAAACUUUAUUCGUAAUCCAAUUGCUUGUGCGAUUUCCUCUCUCGGUCUGGAGCACACAGAUGAUCUUGGAGACACCAUAGAAUCUAUUGCCUGGCAAAAGUCAGGGAUAUUCAAGAAAUACUGUCCUGCCAUAACAGCGCCCCAGUGUACUUCUGCUAUGCAAGUCAUAUUAAAAAGGGCAAAAGAAACCCAGUCUCCUCUCUUCAUAGUCAAUCCCUUGUCAGAGGAGGUGUUAAGAAAGUACAACUUUAACCUCAGCAUUGCAGGAGAUAAGCAGAGACACAAUGCAGCAUUAGCCAUCCAACUGUUUCACAUGUGGGAGGCAUACCAAUUCAAAAAUGAAAUGGUGGCGGUGCAAGAAGAUACUACUGUAGAUGAAAUUCCUAGAGUGACAUGUACACACUUGGAUGAAGCUACCAUCCGAGGAUUGUCAACGUGUAAGUGGCCUGGUCGGGCUCAAACCAUUGCCAGAAAAAAUGUUACUUACUACUUAGAUGGUGCUCAUACAAAGGAGAGUAUGGAACUGUGUGCAUCCUGGUUCAGGGAAGCUGCAGAUCAGGAAAGAAAACAUUUAAGUGGGAAGGUAGUGAGGGUUUUGGUCUUCUUCACUGCGCCGGAGAGGGAUCCUGAAGUCCUGAUCUAUCCUAUGAAGGACUGUGAGUUUGAUGCUGCGGUGUUCUGCCCAUUUGUGGUGUCAGCGUUCCUUCUCGGAAUCGACCUG